AUGGUUGUCCUUUUUAAUGCACAGAGAAGGUUUUGGCCUCCAUGGCCGUUACUUUGUCAUAGUCAUAAUACCACUCAUUCACUCACUUCAUUGCCUCGUGUUCGGCACGCAUUCACUCCUAUUCUUAUUUGUGGAUGGUCAGUCUUUUUAGCAGUUUGUCCAACAGUUCAAUCCCCCUCUCAAUUUGCCUUGCGCGACAUGCAUGUCCAUUCAACUUCAGUAGCCGUUCCCUACAGAAAAGUCAGUGCGGAGCAUUUACCUGUAGUUGCCUGUUUUAGCCCUCUUUUCUUUAAUGAAAGGUGGCAAUUAAUUAUUCCAACGUUGGAAAUUUAUCGACAAUAUGGGGUGUCAUUACAAGUAUAUUAUAUUCAAAGCAUGUUAGUUGAAAUUCUCGAUUUUAUGAGGAUAUAUGAAAAUGAAAAAAUUAUACGAAUAGAAGCAUGGACAAAGUUUAAUAUAUCUAUGCCUGUUGAUAGCUCUUUUAAACCUUUAGAUUAUGACCCUAAUGCUGAAUUGGAAUGGAGAAAUCAAGCUGCUGCCCAUACUGAUUGUUUAAUCUAUUACAAAGUGGGGUUUAAUUUUAAAAAAAUGCUAAAUUGUAUUUAUUUUUUGGAAGCGGCCGAAUUUAUUAUUAUUUCCGAUUUGGAUGAUGUUUUAAUACCACGUAUGGGAGAUGGAAGUUUUCUUGGCGAAUUUAGACAUUUAAGUGCGCAAUUGCCUAAUUCAGCAGGAUUUUAUUAUAAUCGUUAUAAUACUCAUCUAAUUACAAGUAAUGAUCCAAAAGAUUUUUCAUUAUUAUCAUUAAUAAAUGGGGCAAGAAUUGCUGAGGAAUGGGAAGAUCCAAAGUAG